GAAAAGGUAGUAGAGAUACUCGCAUCCUGAACUGUGAUACUUGUAUCCAAAUACUCAACCACGGAGUUACAGGAUACUUUUUUAAAACUGUAACGCAAGAAUGUUUAACACGGUUCCUUGUGUCUCUACUUGCACUGAAAAUUUGGGAAAGAUGGAUGAUGACCGUUUACAAGACAGCCGACAGAUGGCAAAGCUUUCCACAGACAUGAACGAAAUGGAGGCUGUGGAGGUCCUUAUGUCCAUAAACAGCAACUGGAAGAAUAGGAGUAUGCUGAGAAAAGAGCUAAGGCCCCUGACUCCCUUCUCAGACUCUUCCGGUGAAGAAUCCCUUCUCCCUGGCCCCGCACAGUUCCAUCCCUCACCUUGUUCAUUACAGUGUAUGACUCCGCCACACAGUCCUGUGAACCUUGAGCCCUCGUGUGUUACCAUAGAUGCUCCAGUUCAGACUGCCCGUUGCUGCAAGGACAGGUCGCGGCCAAGGGCCCAGGCCACCAGUGUGAUCAUGCACACAUCAGACGUCCAGUCGUGUCCAUGCUAUUCUGAGAAGACAAUCAGCGCGAACACUCCAUUACCUCUGCUCAUUCCAGACGGGCCGAACAAAGCCCAGGUGGGUGGCUCAGCUGGAAAAGAUCCAAAAGUACACGUGGCCCCCUUGUGUGUACCGUGUCCUUUUACUACACUCAAGGGCUCAGAAACUGUCGUACUUCCUGAUUCAGCAGCAGCAGCAGCAGCAGCAGCAGCCGGUUUUUCCAUUGGAGGAAACACUUUUUCAAUGCCAGUUCAGUACCGGAUCAUCCCUGCUGCCUCACCAAUGAAAAACUCAGGAGAGGCCGUGGCACUGCCGCCUACUGACAGUCCGACUGUUCUGUGUCAACCUCCUGUGGUUCUUGUGGGUCAUCAGAUCCCCAGGGGCUCUGUGAUGUUCAUUGUGCCUCAGCCCACGGCUCCCAAACAGCCAGUGGCCAUCACCCCGGGAGGCACUAAAUUGGCCGCCAUUGCCCCGGCGCCUGGCUUCGGGCCCUUGGUGAGAAAAGUCAGCCCUCAGUCAGAAGACAGCGCUCGGAUUCGCAGCCAUGUGUGCAGCCAUGCUGGGUGUGGGAAGACGUACUUCAAAAGCUCUCACCUCAAGGCACACAUGAGGACCCACACAGGGGAGAAGCCAUUCCCAUGUAGCUGGGAGGGUUGCGAGAGGCGCUUCGCUCGUUCGGACGAGCUGUCCCGCCACCGCCGCACCCACACAGGGGAGAAGCGCUUCACCUGCCCCGUUUGCCAGAGCAGGUUCAUGCGCAGCGAUCACCUGGCUAAACAUGCUCGGCGCCACCUCAGCAGCAGCAGCAGAAUGCCCGGGUGGAAGCUACAGAUGGGCCAGCUGGGGCAUCUCACAGCUGUGUGUCGCCCCCUACAGCCACUCACAUGAAACUGCCACUGGGGAGAAGAGCAGGGCAGUUUACAACGGUCAAUGAGGAGCUUGGGUUCAAGGAAUGUCCAGCUUCUGACAGUACACUGAUGCAGGUGGUUCAGUUGGAGAAUGAUGUGCACACUGAAAUGCAAAGGCUAGAAGCAAGUCUCAUCACUGUAUUUUAUCUGAUAAGGUUGGAUGGUGAACCUAACACCAGAUACCCGACAAGUGCCUUAUCGUGGAUUUUCUUGGGAUACAACACUAGGUGGCAGUGUUCCUAUUAUGAAGGGGUGCAGUUAGGACAAACAGCACAUUGCUGAUAGCAAGUGAAGGGCAUGUAAACAUGUGGGCUACUUUGACUGUUUUUUUUUUUUUUUUUUACUGGUUGCUACAGUAAUAUAGGUUACUAUUUAAGAACUACUGCAGAUGCCUCCAUGUUGGUACGUGAGGACUACGUUAAUGUAGUGUUUGGGUUGUUAUUAUCUAUGUGUGUAAUAGAACUCCUGUUCUAGGGGAGCACUGACCAAUAUUAAGAUUGCAAUAAACUUUGAGACUAUCAGGGAUUCCUUAAAAGUAUUUUGUACACACGUCAAAAAGUCACUUUAAUGUUAUUUCUGCUCAUGUUUGUUUUUCAUGGAGUAUUUGCCAACUAAGAAUUGUGAAGAAUUGUUACAGUAUUUUGUACACUGUGAAUAAUGUUCCAACAUGGAAAUAAAUCCUUUUUUUUUUAUGUCAUUGAAGAAUACUGAGUCGAUAUGCAA